AUGCAGGUAGAUGGGGAGUAUGCGACAGGUGGCCCAGGUGGUCUUCUUCUAUCUGCCAUUUCGGUCGUUCGAUUCAAAGGCAUCAUCCCAGCAGACAAGUCCACACCCGGCAACUACCUCGUCACGCUACACUGGUUCCUCAACGCCUUCGGGUGGGAAUAUCCCACCGCCUCAUGGGACCAGUCAAGCGGCAUCAUUUACAACAUGAACGGCCUGACCCCCGGCGGCGCCAUCACCCUGCCGCGCGACCUCGUGGCCGUCGCGCAGCGCCUCAAGCUGCCGGCCACCGACUACGCCUGCCUCCCGACCGACCGCCAGACGAUGACGGGCUGGUGCGACAACGCCUUCUUCGCCGCGUGGGCCGCCUCCCCGUUGCAGCGGGUCGCGCCGAUGACGAGCGCCAGGUUCGGCACCGAGCUGCCGCUGUGGGCGUACUACUUUGCCGUGUCGGCGCUGCUGGCCGUGCUCGUGCAGGAGGCCAUGUUCCGGUGGUGGCCGGACGCGCUGCGGUGCCGGUGUCCGCGGUUCAUGGGGGGCUGGUGUCCGUGCUUGAAGGAGGGCGAGGAGGUCUCGGCCGCGGUGUGUGAUCGGAUACGGCUGUGGAUGUACGGGAUCGUGGCUUUUGUGUAUUCUGCUGCGCCGGUGUCCUUGGGCUUGCGGGGGCUGGCUAUUCUGCAACAUCUGGAUCAUGUGGGUGUUCCCGACAUGCAUGCUCAUAUAGGAUCUGGCUUCCUGGUGUUGAGUGCGGCUACAUUUGGUGCAAUUGUGCUUGCAGGGGCUUGUGUUGGGGUUAUGAUACCCGACUCGGAUGAUAAGGCAAAGUAG